AUGACCGAAACCUUCAGUUCCUUCAAGCGAAAUUUCUCCAUCCGACCGCUCCUCGCAUACACUCCUCUAAUCCCUUACCUUGUCCUCAUCCUCUCUGCCAUACCAACAACGGCAGCCUCUCCCAUACCAUCACGAUUCACAGACUGGCUUCAUGGGGAGCUCCUACCAGAGCCUGGCGUGACACUUGGAGGAGAAAUCAAAUGCUACAAUCUCCCAUAUGGUGGCAUCGGGUUCACAUCGCAUGUCCUCACAUACUACACCGUAGUAACGAUGCUUUUGGGGCGAACACCAAUCUUUCCUCGUCCCUUCGAUGAACUCAAACACUAUGGCUGGGAUAUCUUCCUCUCAAUCAUUGGGAUCAUAGGAACAGUCACCGUCACGGGACUGAACAUAAGCGCUUGCCGGAACAGAUGGCAAUUUGUCUGCAUCGGGGUCUGGAAACUCACCAUGUCGUUCACACUUUGCUCCAUAACAUGGCAUCAAUCCGUUGCCGUUGAUAACUUCAAAACUCAAAUCGAACUGGUAAAUAAUCCUGCACGCCGCAGAGAAUACUAUUCACGAACAACCAAUCUUGUUUUCAAAGACUGGAAGCGAAGACCUGUUCAACCCACGCCGACAAGAUUUGAGUUCAGAUACUACCCUCAGGCUUCUUUCUGGUUGAUCCUCUAUUUCGUUGGGACGGUGAUUGGGAUGACUGGCCUCAUGUCAUUGGUUAUGCAACUUUUCUCCACGCACUCACAGAUCAGAAUCAUAACUGGAAUAUUUGCCUCGGUAGCCUUCCUGCCCCUCUUCAUCUGGUUCCUCGUCUUUUUUGUCUACGCAUCUGUUCUUCUUGCCCAAGCUUUAGCAGCAGCAUUUAUAUGGUUGUUCAACUACCUCCUCUACUUCACACAUCUCGAUGACAGUGUUGGUUCCGUUGAGAUGAAUUGGAAAACCGAAUGGAACAUCAAGAAGCAUGAGAUCAAUUUUGAGGCAGUGUGGUUUGGAUUCGCAUACUCGACUGCCAUCUUUGGAUUGUUCGGGGCUUUUUAUUGUGACUGGGUAUUGGCAAGCAUUGCGGGAAAUUGGGCAGGGUUGCCGAGUUCUGAUACGGCCGUCUUGUAUUGGAUUUACUUUGCUUCCAAGAGGUUGCCAAUGUUGUCGACUUGAUGUUUAUGAGAUACCCGCUUGCGAAGUCAUAAUUAGAUGCGGAUGGGAUUCGGAGAUUUGUAUGCCGAAGCGCAAUUGGCGAAACCUCAAGAAAUUCUACUU